UUUUAUUGUUGCUGCCGUGGAUUUCCCAUUGCAGAAUAUCACGAUGCAGAAUGACAUCAUCUCUUGCAGAAAAUGAGAUGAAAAAUAAUGUGUUUACAACAUUGAAGGGCUGAGAAGGCUGCUUAUGUUCUAAAGAAAUCUGAAUGCAGGGUGAAUUUAUUCUUUCGUAACAUAGAGGAUGGUAAUUUAGAACAAAACUUGCUGCUAUUAUGUUGGGAUACGAAAUCAAAUGUUUGCACUCGUAGAGCUACUAUUUUCAUUUUAGAAUUAAACUGAAAAAUUCCUUGCUCGAGCAGCAAAACAAAAAUAGGUCCUUUCUGCAUUGGAGUGCUGUAUUAACCUGGACGUCCUUAUUGCAGCAGUCAUUGUAGAGUGUAACAAAUAGCCUAUGCUGCAGUUGAAUAAAAACUAGUCCUAAAACGGACUACUUUUUAUUCGGACUUACCUGUAGCAAUUGUUGUAGAGAUUUCUUAAUACGUCUUGAGAAUGCUUUGGAAAUGCAGAAGAUAAAAUGAGGGAACUUAAUGCUAGGUGGAGAUCUUGAAUCUUUAAAGUUAUUUGUUGCUUGAUUUUGAUAAAUGAAAAAUUGCUCAUUAAAAUGAAUGCCACGGAGCCCGUAACAGAUACAGAAGAACUCAAAAAAGUGUAUGUCUAGCCUCGCUACCAAACAGUCUAUGGUGUGAGAGUCGCUCAUGUAUUAUUAAGCAAAAGAAAGAUUGUAAUUAUUUUUGCAAACGUGAUCUUGUGCUCCUUUGUGGCAAAGACGCAAUCUGAUCAAGCUUUUUUGAAAGAUACUGUAAAGAUGAGAUAUGUAGUAUAAAAAUUAGCUCACUUGAAAAUUGGCUUGUAGGCUGUCGUUUUUUAGGUAGCUUGAGUUUUAGAUGGACUUGUGCUUUGUUGCUGUAUGACUUCUCAACUGGGCUGGUCCCUCGUUGACUGAGUGCCUCUCUGCAUAGUCUGUCUCAGCAGAUGGCUGUAUGGUCCACGUUAGUUAAUAACGGUGGCAAGUCAUUGUUGCAUCUGUGCAAUAGAACACAGGAGAAUUUAAGGAGGGAUGCAUGUGUGUGAACAUAUUCUUGGUACCGUAUGGAACAGAUGCAAGAGAGAUGGGGAACCCUGAAGAACUUGUACUAAAAAUAGUCAAGACGGACAAAUGACCGAACAGGAAAACGAAGGUGCAGAGAGAAGAAAUGACCUGGCUUGUGAUCAAAGUUGGUGUGGAUGACUACAGCUCAGAGUCUGAUGUGAUUAUUAUACCUUCAGCCCUGGACUUUGUCUCACAAGAUGAAAUGUUGACGCCUUUGGGAAGACUGGACAAGUACGCUGCAAGUGAGAACAUAUUUAACAGGCAAAUGGUGGCUCGAAGUUUGCUCGACACUUUGAAGGAAGUCAGUGAUGAUGAGAGAGAUUGUAUUGCUGUGUUGGAGAGAAUCAGCAGACUAGCUGAUGAUUCAGAGCCAACAGUGCGGGCAGAAUUGAUGGAACAGGUGCCUCAUAUUGCUAUGUUUUGUCAAGAAAAUAGACCUUCAAUCCCGUACGCUUUUUCCAAGUACUUACUGCCUAUUGUAGUACGGUACCUUGCAGACCAGAAUAACCAGGUAAGAAAAACAAGCCAGGCAGCAUUGCUAGUUCUACUGGAGCAAGAACUCAUAGAGAGAUACGAUGUGGAGACCAAAGUAUGUCCUGUUCUGAUAGAACUGACAGCUCCAGACAGUAAUGAUGAUGUGAAGACAGAAGCUGUGGCUAUAAUGUGCAAAAUGGCCUCCAUGGUGGGAAAGGACAUCACGGAAAGACUUGUUCUUCCUAGAUUUUGUGAGAUGUGCUGUGACUGCAGAAUGUUUCAUGUUCGUAAGGUAUGUGCAGCCAAUUUUGGAGAUAUCUGCAGUGUGGUUGGGCAGCAAGCCACUGAAGAAAUGCUGCUGCCAAGGUUUUUUCAGCUCUGUUCUGAUAAUGUGUGGGGAGUUCGGAAAGCCUGUGCUGAAUGCUUCAUGGCAGUUUCUUGUGCAACAUCGCAAGAAGUCCGGCGGACAAAAUUGUCAACGCUUUUUAUUAAUUUAAUUAGCGAUCCUUCACGAUGGGUCCGUCAAGCUGCCUUUCAGUCUCUGGGGCCUUUCAUAUCAACUUUUGCUAACCCAUCCAGCAGUGGCCAGUAUUUUAAAGAAGAAGACGGUAAAAACCCAGAGGAUCAUGUUUCUGCACAGGAAAAUAGUGAACAGAUCAGGACUGCAGAGGAAGUCACAACAGAGGAUGAGCAUAAUAGGAUAGACGAUCUGUCUUCAUGUGUCAGUAAUGACGAAUUUGCACCAGAACUUGAAAAUGCCAUGGAAGAUCGGAAUGCAAUGUCAAAAAACUCCCAGAGGGAAAGUGAUUUCCAGACUGAGUCAUCUUUUCAUUGUACUUUGUCUUCAGAAUCUUGUGGGAAAAUGGCCGAUGAGAACAAGCGAAGUUGUCACCACUGUACAGCAGGACUGCGGGAAGCUGGGCUGAGUUCACAAGAAACCUCUCUUUCAGAGCAGGAGCUGUAUAACUCUUUCCAUUUCUGGAGGACUCCACUUCCUGAAAUAGAUAUUGACUUGGAGCUUCAGCAGACUUCGGAGAAAAUACUCAAUAGAGAGGUUCAGGAGCUCACUAUACCAGUGUCCCCAAACAUUCCCAUGGCAACAAGGAAAGAGUUGGAAGAAAUGAUAGAAAAUUUGGAGCCCCAUAUAGAUGAUCCAGAUGUUAAAGCACAAGUGGAGGUGUUGUCUGCUGCACUCAGAGCAUCCAGUUUGGAUCCUCAAGAAGAGACAACAGUCGGCAUUGGCAAGGGAACAGACUCGCAGAGUGAACUAAGCGUCAAAGACCAACAGAAUUUUAAACCUAUCCUGGGUGAUAUUGUGCCUUUAAUUGGUGACACUGUUGAGAAUAUGGAUUCCACUCUUCACUAUAUUCAUAAUGAUUCAGAUUUGAGCACCAAUAGUAGUUUCAGCCCUGAAGAAGAAAGAAAAUCCAAAGUACAGGAUGUUGUACCUCAAGCCUUGUUGGAUCAAUAUUUGUCAAUGACCGAUCCAUCUCGCGCACAAACAGUUGAUACUGAGAUUGCGAAGCACUGUGCCUACAGCCUACCAGGUGUGGCACUUACGUUGGGCAGACAGAAUUGGCACUGUUUGAAAGACACCUAUGAGACGCUGGCAUCUGACAUGCAGUGGAAAGUUCGGCGGACGUUAGCAUUUUCUAUACAUGAACUUGCUGUGAUCCUCGGAGACCAACUCACAGCUGGAGAUUUGGUUCCUGUCUUCAAUGGCUUUUUAAAAGACCUGGAUGAAGUCAGGAUAGGUGUGCUUAAACACUUGCAUGACUUUCUGAAGCUUCUUCAUCUUGACAAAAGACGAGAAUAUCUUUAUCAGCUCCAGGAAUUCCUAGUGACGGAUAACAGCAGGAACUGGCGUUUCCGUGCGGAGCUGGCUGAGCAGCUCAUCUUGCUUUUAGAGCUCUACAGUGCCAGAGACAUCUAUGACUACUUGCGGCCUAUUGCUUUCAGCCUGUGUGCAGACAAAGUGUCUUCUGUCCGUUGGAUUUCUUACAAGCUGGUUAGCGAAAUGGUAAAAAAGUUGUAUAUGGCUUCAACGUCAACUUUUGUGGUAGACCUCAUGGAUGAACUUGUUGAAAAGUUCUGUAGAUGCCGCAAAUGGUCCGGUCGGCAAACUUUUGUCUUUAUCUGCCAGACUAUCAGUGAAGAUGACUGCUUGCCCAUGGACCAGUUUGCAGUGCAUCUGUUGCCACACUUAUUGCACUUGGCAUCUGAUAGGGUUCCAAAUGUUCGAGUGCUGCUUGCAAAAACGUUAAAGCAAACCCUUUUAGAGAAAGAAUAUUUUCUAAAUUCUGCCAACUCUCAUCAAGAAGCUGUGGAGCAAACAAUUAUGGCGCUACAAAUGGAUGACGACAGUGAUGUCAAGUAUUUUGCAAGCAUACAUCCUGCCAGUACCAAAAUUGCAGAUGAUGCCAUGAGCACUGCUUCAUCAACUUACUAAAAAGUUCCUGAAUGUUGCUAUAAUUAAAAA